UGACUGAAUAUAUCUCGAACUAUAUGAAUAACCAACAUUUCCAUACAUGAAUAAUCCACCUCCAUACCAGAUAGAUGUCUAUUUAAAGCCUCACUUCUACCUCCCAUGUAUUGAUUCUCUUCACGAAUACACAAGCAAAUCCAAAAAAUCAACUCACCCAAACCCAGAAGAUCACCUCAGUAUCACCAAAAUGUCUACUUCAACCCCGACAAUAGACCAUUUCAGCAGCUCCCCCAGCAGAUCUACCGCGCUAAACCAUCCUGGAACUUUUAUGAAUCUUGGUGAGCGAAGCUGCAAUAGUGCUACCUUGCAACUUUCGUCAGACGGACUCCCAAAAUCCAAAUCGAUGCUUGAUAUCGAUCUCGCUACUGCGCAUCAACAAGAUAUAGCAGCGGCGGAUAGUAAUACUAGUUUUCUUGUUCCUACUGCUGUAACGUUGAAGAAUGAGGAUAUUGAUGGAGAGAAGGAUGGAGGUGUAGAUUCUAGGGAAUCUUUGAAUGAGGCGGUUGUGUAAGUGUUUGCAAUUGUUUCUGCUCAUAUACGAAGUGAGGUGUCAGCUAACUAACUGUUCAUAGUACAAACAUGAGGAAUACCGAGCAUGAGUCCGGGGAAAAUGAAAGUAUGGGUACUCGGGUAAUCUUACCUCUUGAUGAGUUUGAAAUGUGAGUUACAUGUCCCACCUGUAUACACAUACAUGAUUAUGGAAUAUAUAUUGAUGUUAACUAUCCGCAGGGCGAAGAAAAAGCGCAAGGAAAGAAGAGUUCAUUUUGCAGGGUUGUGAUUAUAUUCUGUAGUCUCUAGAAGUGAGCAGUGAUACGUUUAUAAUUGUGAUGUCGAAAUAGGGGCAUAGCUGUGCAAGGAACAUCGUAGGAAUGCAUCUUUAAAGCAAUUUUCACAUUAAUCAAAGGGGUGAUGGAUUGGGGAGCGUAGUCUAGCAGAAUAUUUACAUAUGCUGAGGAUCUGGAUUGAGGACGGAAAGCGUUGACGUG